AUGAGUACGGAUACAGGAACCCGCCUGGCUUUUUUUUGCCGCCAGUCCGAAUAAAGACUAGCUCAGAAAACCCCACCAAACACAGUCCCUCCCACUUGCCAAAUUUGCGAACACUUUUCGCCCUUCAAAAGCGACCCCCCUCCUUUCUGCUCGUUCCUCCUACUUCUCCAGACCCAGACAACGAACUUGCCGUCUCGCCAAUACCUCACCUCCUCGACACCUCAGACAAACCGCCAAGAUGAUUAUCUACAAGGACAUUCUUACCGGAGACGAGAUCAUCUCGGACUCCUACGACCUCAAGGACGUCGAUGGCAUUGUCUUCGAGGCCGACUGCGCCAUGAUCACCGAGGGCGCCGUCAACGUCGACACCGGCGCCAACGCCUCCGCCGAGGAGGCUGAGGAGGGUGCUGAGGACGCCGAGAUCAAGGUCAACAACAUUGUCCACUCUUUCCGCUUCCAGUCCACCCAGUUCGACAAGAAGAGCUUCCUCGCCUACCUCAAGGGCUACAUGAAGGCCGUCAAGACUGCCCUUCAGGAGAAGAACGCCCCCGCCGAGAAGAUCACCGCCUUCGAGAAGGGUGCCCAGAAGUACGUCAAGGAGACCCUCCUUCCCAACUUCAAGGACUACGAGUUCUACACUGGCGAGUCGAUGAACCCCGAUGGAAUGGUCAUCCUCCUCAACUACCGCGAGGAUGGUGUCACCCCCUACAUCAUCGUCUGGCAGCACGGCCUCGAGAGCAUGAAGGUUUAAAUCUCGACACGGAAUCAGUUCUUUCCCUGUCUUUUUUUUACUCGAGAUUUUAUCGGUGUUUUUUUUUUUGGGACCGAAGAAUUUGACGUCUUACAAAAACACCUUUGCUAUAGCGUACCACCCAUCUGCUUUGGCAUAUAUCCCUUCCAAAAGCCCCCGUAGCAAGCAAAAAAAUAAAAAGUGCACACCAGGCGUCGGCCGUGCUUAUGACCCAUAUGAACGAAACAACCUUUUUUUAUACACAUU